AAUCUCUUGGGGUCCAAAAUGCACAUGAUCGAAACCUCUAGGAACGACCACCCAUGCAAUAUUAUUGUGGAACUGCUACGAAAUGCAGCUAAGGAUUAAAUUCAUUUCUUCCUCAACCCACACAGUGCCUUAUUCAACUGCUGAUCUUGUCUAUGGCGUUGAAACCAGUCAGUCUGACAUAGUUGAAGGGAGAUGCAACAGUUUUGUUGAUGUAGCUGGAAGAGAAUCAAGAGUCUCAUCUUGUGAACUGAAAGAAUCGGAUUACAGACAUUCCAGUGGCAGAGGAAGACGUGGAAAAUCUGUAUCUAUUGAAAAAGUUAAUUUCUGCAAGGAAACUGAUGAUAAUUUUGGACCCCCUCAAUUUUUUCCUCCAACGAAACAUAUCCAAUGUAGACCAAAUGCAGUUAGGAGCAAUAUUAGAGGAGAUCCUAUGUACAGUAUGAGGACAAACAGUCUGGCUUCAGGAAGAGAUACUGAGGAUUUAAUUGCAAUGGGAACAAUAUGGAGUCCAAAUGCUCAAACACCUGCAAAACAGUUAAACAGCAGCGCAAGUAGUGCUAGUACUGUCACAAACAGUGCUGUUACAAACGUCACUGGCAGAAAUAUGCAAAUGUAUACAACACAAGGAUCGAACAGUUCAACAGGAAUGCCCCAGACUUGUAGAGGGCGCUACACCAUAUCAGGAAUGAGACCAAUACUGGUUCAAACAUCAAGAAACUCCAAUAUGAAAGAUGUUGAUCCAAGAUAUGCAGAUCCAGUGGUUGGUGCUCCAGCUUCAUUUCAACAAAGACUUAUGGAACUUAGUGCUCUUGAGGGAGAAACUAUACGAUAUGAAAGAAGUAAAAAAGUGAAGAAAAAAGUCAAACAGGAUCGUGACUCUUAAUUGCAUAUGUUUUUUUUGGAUUUCUCAUUAUUUAUUACAUGUAUUAGCUAAGCUGAGCCAAAGCUUAAGGACUCUGAUGCAAGUUUGUCUACCAUCAUAGCAUAAGUCUGCUGGUCUGUUAACUUCUCCUGUUUACCUCUUCCUCAUGCAGUGCCUCUGUCACAGUUUCAACCAAAAUUUUCCAUGGAGGUUUGCAUUUGAUGAAAUAAAGGGGCCUGCAACUUUUUCAGAGAAAUUUUACACAAAUUACAUUAUUGUAGUUAUAUUAGACAAGAAUCCCCAUAGAUUUAUAAUUAUAAAAAUCAUGGCAUCUACAGCGAAAGUGGCCCAAACAGAAGAUCAAUAGUAUGUCAAAGACUAUAUGUGCUUAUGCAAUAGUAAGAUGCCUGUCAUCCAUAUAUCUGUCUGUCAGUCAGUCUGUAAACAACUUAUCAUCAUAAUGCUACUCCUCCUACAGUUUUGGUCUGAUUUCAGUACAUGACAUUGUAUAAUCUGGCACACAAGUAGACUACACUAAUCCCGGGCUGUUUACACAGAUAGUUUAAUUUGAAGUAUUAAAUGUAAGUUACUGCAAAUUAUAAUUGAACGUUGUUCACAGGUGGAGCUUAAUGAGAAUUGGAAAAUCUGAAUUAAACUACUGCACAUUAAAUUUCUUUGCGUAAGUGUGAACACUAAAUGAAGCUAAUUCGAAUUUAAUUUGACGCAUGCAUAAUGGUAAAAGUUUAGUCAUAUGCUACAUGUUGAUGGUAAACUAUAGGCACUUGUGCUAUUUUUUAAGUGAAAAACAGACGAAUAUUAUGUAAAUUAAAUGUGUACAGACACUAGCCUAUGAAAAAGCUCCGCAGGUGAUGUGAUUUGGAAAUGAUGUCAUAAUAGUCUUACUGAUUAGCCUUACUGUAGAAAUAUUGAUUUUAAUUUGCAAUAGUUACUUUCACAUUAGCUGUCUUGUGAAUGCAAUUUAUUUCCCAUUAGUUUAAUUUGUAUUAAUAACCAUUUGCUGUGAAUUAAACUCUCCAUGGCAACAGGGAAUAAGAUACAAAAUUCUGUACAUCGGUUUUUUUAUUUUGAUGAAUGGUGUUGCCCUGGUUUCAAAAAAUAGAAAUUUCUGCGAAAUUUCUUUAAAACGCUUCUCCUCCCACAAGUUUGAUCUGAUUGUAAUAAAUCUUUUUUCUUCUUUCAUUAUAUGUAUAAUCAAUUAGAACUUAGAGACUUUUGAUUCAUUACUUUUAUUCAAAAAGAAGGCUACAUUUGACAUACAAGUGUCAAUAGGUAGUGAAGAUUCAACUUUAUUCAAAAAAUGUAUUAGAAGAAUAGGGUGGCUUUUUAAUAGUAAGUCAUAGUUCAAUAUGUUCUUAUAUUCAAAUCAUUGCUGGGGAGGCAUUUUCAUAGCAUUGUUUGAGACAAUGUUUUUCUAUCCUCACUGCAUUAACUGUCAUAUACUCAACUGUUGUGCAUUUUGUAAUCAGAUGAAUAAAAACUAAAAAUAG